AUGUGGAAGCAGAUCGAGCCAACACCGUCUCACCUCACCUACCUCAUCCUGUCCCUAUUCUUGAUCUCCUACACUCUCUUCGCCAACUUCAUCCGAAACCGACUGCAUCUGAGUGAACCGCCUCUCGCUCUGACCUUUGGCAUCAUCGUAGGACCACGGGGACUAGGAUGGCUCACUCCCAACAUUGCUGGUGUCAAUGGGCCAAUGACCAAAGACCCCACGUGGAUUGGAGGAUGGGGCUGGGGAGAUGAUAUUGUCCAAGAAACAUCCCGAGUCAUUGUUGGCAUCCAAGUCUUCUCGGUUGGUGUUGAGUUGCCCAAGUACUAUGCAAGCCGCCACUGGAAGUCUGUUGCCAUGCUACUGGGACCGGUCAUGACUUUCGGUUGGCUGGUUUGCGCUGGAUUCGUGGUCGCUCUGUUCAAGACAGAUUGGCCCACUGCACUGGUCGUAGCGGCAUGCCUUACACCAACCGAUCCGGUUCUGGCCUCGAGCAUCCUCUCCAACAGCCAGUUCAGCGACAGAAUACCCAAGCGUCUGAAGGACAUGCUCUCGGCCGAGUCAGGCUGCAACGACGGCAUCAGCUUUCCCUUCCUUUACGUUGGCCUUUCGAUCCUGACGAAGGCGUCUGCUAGUGGCGCGCUCCAGAACUGGUUCCUCAUUACCGUCCUCUGGCAAUGCGUUUUCGGAACGCUCAUCGGCUUCAUCAUUGGCACCACUUUCAAUUACAUCCUGAAAUUCUGCACCAAGCGCCACUACAUCGACGACGCUGGCAUUACCGUCUUCUACCUACUCCAGGCCAUCCUCUGCAUGGGCGUCGGCAGCACCCUCGGCAGUGACGACUUCCUAGUCGCCUUUGGCGCGGGUUACGGAUUCGCCCGUGACGGCUGGUUCAGCAACAAAACCCACGGCGUGCAACUACCCAAGAUUACAGACCUGCUGCUCAACAGCGCCAUGUUCGUCUAUCUCGGCACCAUCUUGCCUUGGUAUGCUUUCCAGCCCAACGAACUCACGCCAUGGAUCACACCAGGCCGCCUCGUAGCCUUCUUGAUCCUAGUACUCUGCUUCCGACGCCUGCCCAUCGUGUUGGCGACAUACAAAUGGAUCCCUGACAUUCGCACGCUCCGCGAAGCCCUCUUCUGCGGGCACUUCGGCCCCAUGGGCUUAGGCGGCAUCUUCCUCGCCAUGGAAGCUCGCGCCUGGCUCGAAGACGAAACGUCCACCCCAGACCCGUACCCGCCUCAUUACGGCCGCCCAUACACCAAUCGCGAGAAAGCGGUGUAUACGGUCUGGCCGCUGGUGGCUUUCAUCGUGUUUGGGAGCACGCUGGUGCAUGGUUUGAGCGUGUGGGUCAUGAGCGCGUACAGUCAUUUGAAGAGGCCGAGGCGCGAGAGGGCUUCGUUCUUUGCGGCAGAGACGGAUCCGUUGAGCGGCAUGGAGCAUGAAGAGGGAGAUGGGGGUAGUAUUGGGAGUGAUAGUGAUGAGAGUUUGCCAUAG